AUGCCAACUUUUGUGGUUCAUCGCUCAUCAUCAUACAGCGGUCGUAUUAACAAGCGUUAUUAUGAUGCAUGGGAACCGGAUAAUAAUGGUGGCGAUUCCGCUAAAGGUGUUCCUAGUCGUCAAAAAGGUAUUAACAAAGAUGAUCCAUGCGAAAAUAAACCAUUGUGGUUUUUAAAAUCUCAAGCACGUCUUGGCAAAUUAUCACCAUUUUAUGAUUGUCUUAUUGAUCAUGGAGUAGAAAGAAAAUAA